CGAGAAAAGCUGAAAAUUCCAGCAAGUGAAAAAUGUGGCGAAAAAUUCUUUUGCUUCAUUGCAUGUGGAGUGCAUUUUUCAUUUACUAUAGUGUACAGCAACAAAUUAAUAUCGGUGCUUUUUUUUAUGACGACGAAAUGGAACUCGAAAAGGAAUUUAUGACUGUGGUCGAUGCCUUGAAUGGACCUGAAAACGAACAGACCCAAACGUUUCUACCACUGAUCAGGCGUUUAAAGCCUGACGAUGGCAGUAUGUUGUUGCAGGAGUACGCAUGCGAUCUCAUCGACAAUGGUGUCGUCGCUAUUUUUGGACCAAGUUCAAAGGCGGAGAGCGACAUUGUCUCUCUGAUCUGCAACAGCACCGGCAUUCCACACAUCGAAUUCGAUAUAGCUGGGGAGCAAUUGGAGGAGGAUAAGAUCAAUCAUCAGAUGACACUCAAUAUAUAUCCCUCCCAGUUGGCCCUUUCCAAGGCGUAUGCGGACAUCGUGCAGAACUAUGGUUGGCGUAAGUUUACAAUCGUUUACGAUGCCGAUGAUGCCGGAGCCCCUGGGCGUCUGCAGGAUUUGCUGCAACUUCGUGAUGUCCACAACGAGGUGGUGCGAGUGCGAAAAUUUCAGAAGGACGAGGACUAUCGGGUCAUGUGGAAGAGUAUACGCGGCGAGCGACGUGUCGUUCUGGACUGUAAGCCCGAUAUGCUAGUGGAACUGCUGAAUACCUCCUCUGAAUUCGGCCUGACGGGGCAGUUUAAUCACAUCUUUCUAACCAAUUUGGAGACUUAUAGCGACAAUCUGGCCGAGUUGGCCGCAGACAAUGAAACUUUUGCCGUAAAUAUAACCGCAGCGCGUAUGCUUCUCAAUCCGGAGCCCCCUACUGAGUAUAUCGAUCGCUAUGGCUAUUACACGCAACGGGAGAACGUUGUCUAUGAAACCAUUGAGACGCCACGCACUCUAAGCCAUGAUCUCUUGCAUGACGCUAUUCAUCUGUUCGUCAAUGUCUGGCGGAAUGCUUCCUUUUUCUAUCCGGAAUAUAUGGAACCGCCCCGAAUGACUUGCGAAUUCGCCGCUUCGAGUGGUCGCAGUUGGCAAAUGGGUCCCUAUUUGGUGAAGCUUAUGAAGGCGACUUCCGGUCGGAACAACACAAAUUUUCGGACCAGCAGCUUGCAAUUCGAUGAGGAUGGACAGCGCCUAGAUUUCAACAUUGAGAUUUACGAUCCUUUGGACAGCAUUGGCAUUGCCGUCUGGAAUACGAAGGGACAUAUAAGGCAGCUGAGCGUCGAGGCAAAGGUACAAAAGAAAAUCGUCUAUCGUGUGGCAACACGAAUAGGUCCGCCCUAUUUUAGUUAUAACCAAACAGCGCUCAAGCUGAAUAUGACGGGCAAUGACAUCUAUCAAGGGUACGCAGUCGACCUCAUCGAUGCCAUAUCGCAAGAAGUCGGCUUCGAUUAUAUCUUCAUACCGGUGGCGGAUCAGCAAUACGGAAAGUUGAAUAAGGAGACCAAACAAUGGAAUGGGAUCAUAGGCGAGAUCAUCAAUAAUGACGCCCACAUGGGUAUUUGUGACUUAACCAUAACCCAAGCUCGUCGCACUGUGGUGGACUUUACGGUGCCUUUCAUGCAGCUUGGGGUCAGCAUUUUGGCGUAUAAAACGCCGCAACAGGAGAAGGCGCUGGACGCCUUCCUGGAUCCCUUUCGCGGUGAGGUGUGGAUAUGGAUACUAAUUUCCGUGUUCCUUAUGUCCUUUUUGAAGCUCAUUAUGGCACGACUGGCCAAGUCGGAGUGGGUGAAUCCGCAUCCCUGCAAUAAGGACCCAGAGGUUAUUGAGAAUCAGUGGCAUUUGCAUAACACCUUUUGGCUGACGGUAGCGUCGAUUAUGACGGCCGGCUGCGAUAUUCUGCCGCGCAGUCCACAUGUUCGCAUGUUGGAGGCCACCUGGUGGAUCUUUGCCAUCAUUAUAGCCAACUCCUAUACCGCCAAUUUGGCUGCCUUUCUCACCAACUCCAAAAUGGAGGGCAGCAUUGGCAGUCUGAAGGACUUGAGUGGUCAGAAGAAGGUGAAGUUCGGCACUAUUUACGGAGGCAGCACUUAUAAUCUGCUGGCGGAGUCCAACGAGACGAUCUAUCGCCUCGCCUUCAAUCUCAUGGACAACGAUGAUCCUUCGGCCUAUACCAAGGACAACGACGAAGGCGUCGAGCGUGUGCAAAAGAAUCACGGAGAGUAUAUGUUUUUAAUGGAGACCACCACUCUGGAAUACAAUCGCGAACUGCACUGCGACUUGCGCUCGGUGGGGGAGAAGUUUGGCGAAAAGCAUUACGCCAUUGCGGUGCCCUUUGGAGCCGAAUAUCGCUCCAAUCUGAGCGUCGCCAUAUUACGGCUGAGCGAGCGAGGACAGCUCUACGAUAUGAAACAGCGCUGGUGGAAAAAUCACAACUCUACCUGCGACGAAGAACCGGAUCCGGACGAAACACCCGACAUGACAUUUCGCGACGUUCGAGGCAUUUUUUAUACGCUUUACGUUGGCAUUUUCAUAGCCUUUCUAAUUGGCAUCGCCGAGUUUUUGGUUUAUGCGCAACAGGUGGCACUCGAAGAGCGCUUGACCUUCAAGCAGGCGUUUAACAAGGAAAUCAAGUUUGUGCUCUGCGUUUGGAACAAUAAGAAACCAAUUGUGAGCGGCUCACCUGUUUCCAGUCUGUGUACCACACCCCGUCGCUCAGCUGAGAAGUCCUUGGAGCGCACACCAAAGUCCGCGCGUCGCAUCGUCCUCGGUCGCUCGUCAGAGGAAAUGAGGGAACUGCCGGCCGUUCCGCCAUCAACGACCAGCAAUAGCGUCGAGCGUUCUUCGCAUGAGGAGGCGCGCGUUUAA